AUGGCCCAGCUGCCUGUCGAAGUCAUAAUCGAGCGAUAUUUCCAACUCGUUUCCGAGGCGGACGCUCGCCUCGCCGACCGCUUCGGCAUUAGUGUCGAGGAAGCUCACACUCGAGGGCUCCGCCAGACGCUUUUCUGGGGUGCUGAUAAGAUGUGCUGGCCCCCGUUGUACGAGGAGGCUCAGUGCUCAUCUAUCCCUGCAUCGAACCUGGCACACAACGCACUUGGGCCCAAGACAGGCAACGGGGACCUUGCCUAUGCGGAUGCGAGAUUUUUCAACUCGGGCUCCGUCAUUGGGCCUAUAGGUGAUUUACGAGACUUCAUCAAUGCUGGCAUAGACGAAAUGGAGGCGACAUUUGAUCCCAAGUUCGAAUACCACAACUCCGAUCAGGUAUACCUCGCUAGGCUCUUCGGCCGCCAGGAGCUUUCUCGCAAUCAACAAGUCAUCCACGCGCGCAACUCCAGCGGGAUCAAAUCUUUAUCGGCCGUGAGACCCCAAUACUUGAACACAACGGAACACCAUGUUGCCAUCGAUUACGAGUCCACCCUUUUCCAGACUGGAUGCUACUUUGACAGAUGGAUGCACACCCUCAACUUCAACAACUCGGACAAUACAGCAACUGUGCAGAAGGAUGUAUUUGAUCAAGGCCAAACGUUCAAGCCGUAUCCACUCCAGAUGCCAGCCAAUGUCUACCAGUCUCUACUUCGCGUUUACAAUUCCAUCGCCGAGCAACAAUCCAUGUCCUCACAAGAGUGGAUUGGCAGUCUUAAAUUGGUCACAAAUGUCGUCUCCAAGAACAUCUUCGCGUUCUACCACGCGACAUGCAGCAAAAAGAGUCUCCUUAGCCGGUUCAAGUCGUACUGGUUCCACCCUUUCAUGGAAUCCCUGAUGAGGGCAGCCUUCCGUGAAACCCAGGCCGGCGAGCUCAUCACCGAGAAGCUAAUUGACGGCCGCGAGUGGGUGUACAAGACAUCAUACCCAACAGACGCAGGGGUGGACGAGGAUCAGCUGGGUGGUGUCUUUACCGACUCGGAAGCCGAGGGCUUUGUUUCAUACACGACCCUUUGUUCAGAUCACUUGGAUCUUUUCAAGCCGAAACAGUAG